CGCUGCACCGAAGUCGCGCGCACCGAAGUGCCGCACCGUGCCGUAUUUGUGCAGUGAAAAACGCACGUGCCAGCCGUCACCGGGUCACGCGUGGAUCUCGAUCGGAAGGAGCGCGACGACACACGGGAUCGAUCGUUGAAAGAGGAGACCACGCCACAAGUGCGACAAUGUCGUAUAAUCUGUCGGUCGGCCCUGCAUGUCCUGAGCCCUACCUCGGGCCGAGCCUCGCUCAGGUCUGUCCAGGAUCGCAGUUCUUGACGUUCAUGACAAUCCUGGACACGCUCGUACGCAGCCAAGACAGAGUGUCUCAGCUGUGCGAACGCGUGAAGCAGACAGAUCCACCCGAAUAUUACUACGACUUCAUCGUCGUGGGCGGGGGAUCAGCCGGUGCCGUGGUGGCGUCCAGACUGAGCGACAUACCCGAAUGGAAAGUUUUGUUGCUAGAAGCCGGCCCAGACGAGCCACCGGGUGCCGAGGUUCCCAGUAUGGUGGCAAUGUUUCUGGGAACUGACAUUGACUGGCAGUAUCAAACCACGAACGAGAUGAACGCUUGUCUGUCGACCGGCGGAUCCUGCAGCUGGCCGCGCGGCAAAAACCUAGGCGGUACGUCGGUCCACAACGGAAUGAUGUAUAUGAGGGGUCACGCCAAAGAUUUCGACAAUUGGGCGGCCAUGGGCAACACCGGAUGGAACUGGCGCGAUGUCCUGCAGUACUUUAUGUGCUCGGAAAACAACACGGAGACGAAGCGGGUGGGUCGUAAGUAUCAUUCGACCGGCGGCCUGUUAAACGUCGAACGGUUCCCCUGGAAGCCCGCGCUCGCCGACGACAUACUCGCGGCUGCGGCCGAGAGAGGAUACCCGAUUAGCGAGGACCUCAAUGGCGACCAAUUUACGGGGUUCACCGUCGCCCAGAGCACGAGCAAGAACGGUGUCCGAAUGAGUAGCGCCGCGGCUUUCCUCCGCCCGUACCGCCAACGGCGCAAUUUACAAAUCGCUCUCAACGCCACCGCCACGAAGAUCAUCGUCGAGAAUCAGAGGGCCGUGGGAGUGCAGUAUUAUCAAGAUGGUGAACUUCGAGUUGCCCGCGCCGCAAAGGAGGUAAUCGCCUCCGGUGGUGCCGUAAAUUCGCCUCAACUGUUGCUACUCUCCGGAAUCGGGCCGAAGGAACAUCUGCGCGCGGUGAACGUCACAGUAGUCAACGACCUCCCGGGUGUCGGGGAGAACCUGCAUAAUCACGUGUCGUACACUUUAUCGUGGACCAUCAAUCAGCCGAACGUGUACGACCUGAACUGGGCGGCUGCCACGGAAUAUAUUGCCUUUCAGAAAGGACCGAUGUCGUCGACGGGUUUGGCGCAAUUGACCGGAAUACUGCCGUCGAUCUACACGACUCCGGAUCACCCCGAUAUUCAGGUGUUCUUCGGCGGCUAUCAGGCGGCCUGCGCCACCACCGGCGAGGUGGGAGCCACCAUGAACGGGGACGGUCGCAGCAUCAGCAUGUCGCCGACGAAUAUACAGCCGCGCAGCAAGGGUUCCCUCCGUCUGGCUAGCAACAAUCCCUUGGAGAAGCCGAUCAUAUGGGCCAAUUACUUGAGCGAUCCCAUGGACGUGGCGAUCCUCGUGGAAGGCAUCGAGGUCGCGCUGUCUCUCGCCAAUACCACCGCCAUGGCCAAGUACAACAUGACUCUGAGCAACAGGCCGCUGCAAGCGUGCUCCCGAUUUCCGUUCGUGAGCAAGGAUUACUGGUCCUGCGCGGUGCGCCAGGACACCGGCCCGGAAAACCAUCAGGCAGGGUCUUGCAAGAUGGGGCCGGCGACCGACCCCAUGGCCGUGGUCGACGAUCAAUUGAGAGUACACGGCACGCGAAACCUCCGCGUGGCCGACGCGUCCAUCAUGCCGCAGGUAACGUCGAGCAACACGGCGGCGCCGGCCAUGAUGAUCGGCGAAAGGGCGGCCGCGUUCAUCAAGUCCGACUGGGGCGUCAAUCCGACACAAUGUUCCCGGCCGACGAUCGACAACUCGCUGGACCUGCUGCUCUGGGGAAUCAAGUACAUCGAUUGGGACCAGGCUAUAUGGUAGCCGAGAUGUCCGCGAUCGAUCUAGUCUCGUACGAUUUGUCGCGUUUCCUCUUCCCCCAACUGAUCCGCAAGGUGCCUAAGAAAGUCGGCGUGAACGCGACCGAAGGCGAAGGACCCUCCGGAAGAGACACGCAGGGUGCAAUUUCCUUUCUCCACGGCGUCGCCAUCUCGCUCGAUCGCCGCAUCGGACCCGACUAAUUACAACGCUGCAACGUGCAAUUGUUUUCAUUGACGUAGCAAGCGAGCAAGAGAGAAAGAGAAAGAGAGAGAGAGAGAGAGUCGCGCGAUCGAACAGGAAUUGUCGUCGUCGUCGUACCGCCAUGCUUCACUUAUUUCAGUUAGUUAAUAAUUUCCGAGAUUUCCGCGCGCAUUUCCCAGCGCGUCGCGCGACUUUCGGCGAGAUACGUAAUAGUCGCGAUCGUUUGGCCGCGAACACAUGAAUCUCCGUACAAUUUAAGAGUAUUACGUUACCAUGUACUACCGUUCAUUCUCAGUGAGCUUUACGAUUACGAACUCGAAUGUGUUCCGAUUCGCCGUCGUUCGACUACGCGUAAGUACGCGUCGCGUUUAGAUUUACGAAGAGCUUGCCAACUACGUGUACACGUCGUGUCGCGAGGAUCCCUCGUCGGCAUCGAGAGAGAUUCUCAAGUACUUCCUUAGCUUUAGCAAUAAUACGUACUAUUCGCGUGAGAACGUCCUAUCGAAUGCGAUGACCAAAGACAAAUUCCCGGUACCUGGCUAACGAUCGUACACGCCGGAAACGCGGCGGUCGAUCGCCCCUACGUAGGAAUACAUAGGGAACGAAACGGAUUAUAAAUAUGGAUAGCUCUUUCGGCCGUUUGCUUGCUCGCGGGAUGCGCGAAUGUAAAUCAAAAUACUGUAAAUAAACGAGAUUGCAUAAUAGCAGA